AUGACAACCACGACCAGCCUGCCGUGCUGCCCAAACUGCGGGGACAGCCUCCCCUCCCCCGAAGAGACCCAGGCCGAGCUCUCCCAAGCCCAAGCCCGCAUCGCCGAGCUCGAGACCCAGAUCCGCACACUGAACGAGAAGGCCUCAGCGGCCGCCGAGCGAUGGGCCGGCUACGAGGAGCAGCUCACCAAGCUGCGCUCGCAAGAUCAGGCCCCCCCGCCGCCGCCGCCCAAGAACGACCCGGGGGCGAGGAUCCCGCGGGGGCCGGACGGCCUGGCCCCCCAUCACCCAACCCGAUCGUUCACGAACCCAAACCUCCACGUGGGCGACCGGCCGCCCCAGCUGCACCGCAUCAACAGCGUGCCGACGUCGCAGGCCCAGGACACGGCGCCCCCCGACAGGCAGACGCGGGAGCUCCUCAAGGCCCUCUCGCGGGAGAAGCUGCUGCGGAAGGAGGCCGAGGGGCGGCUGACUGCCACGAGCAAGGAGAUUGAGGAUCUGAGCGUGUCGCUCUUCGAGCAGGCCAAUAACAUGGUUGCCGACGAGCGCAGAGCCAGGGCACACCUCGAGGAACGGGUUGGGGAGCUGGAGAAGAGGGACGUGGAGAAGAGACGACGGCUGGAAAGGCUGGAGACGGCACUGACGAGGAUCAAGCAUGUGCGAACUCUGCUAGACGAGUGA